AUGGAACAGUUACUUAGUAUACUACUGUCUAAUCAAUAUAAACAGAGUAUAUCAGCACUUGGUAUAAGACUACCACCAGAAUUCAACACUGCACGUAAUUGGAUACAGUUCUUACAUGAUGUUGUACAACUUGACUCUGGUCUACGCGAUUGUUAUCUCAUAGACUAUCCAAUACCUCCACAUAAUGUACUACUUACAUUCAUAAACACUAUUAAGACCAAGAUACCAACGAUAUUCAAUGAUAUUACAUUGAUACCUUUGAAUGAAUACCUUUGCUUCAUGGUCAAUAAGAGAGCAUUAUUGGAGAGGAUGAAGAAUGAUAUUGAUAAUGGAUUCUCAUCAUAUACAUUCAUUAAUGUAUCACCAUGUUUAUCAGAUGCCAAACAAUGUGAUGAUUGUCAAUAUCACAAGACUCAACUAUCAAGCGUUGCAACAUGUAUAAUCGGCACAUUGACAAAGAAUGAGAAGGAGAAGGAGAAGAGUAAACCAACAACACAUACUCUUCGUGAUUGGAUGGCUGCACACAAUCAAUCGAUGAUGUUGGACUCGAUCUAUCCACCCGUGUUGAGUGGAUGGCUUUGCAACUAUCCAGUGGUUUACUGCAAUAGUGCUCACUUGACAUGCUUUACUAUCAAAUGUCCAUUGGAAGAGACAGAGAGACGUUGGCAAAACAACUGCAUCAGUAUGACUGCAGAGUUGAUACGAUACGAGGUAUCUGUGGACAUUCCAUCAUCCGCUCACUUCCAGCAUCUCAAUGGAAUGGCGCAUCUCAAACGAAUCCAGAGCUUCACGGUACCAUCCAACCAGUACACUUCAGUCGAACAAUUGAUCAAUCAAUGGAAGGAAAGAUACUUUGGAAGAUGGGAUCAGCUCAAACUAAAGAUAUGGAGUCAACUUAAUAUUACAAACACAAUGGUAUCCAAUACGGUUGUGAACCUGUAA